AUGCUUAUCAAGCGUUUGAUUUUCGCAUACCUCUUCACCUUUCCCUUGGGUGAAUGUAAUCUUGGUCAAGAAGCGAGGGAGAUGGCUACAAUAGGCUCUCAUGGUAUGGAUGGCGGCCCGAGAGCUACCGCCGAGGGUCUGGGCUUGCAUGGUGCCAAUCACGACUCGGCUCAUCUAAAGGGCGGUUUGCAUGCAUCGGAUGGACACUCUGAUUCGGAAGACGACAUGCCUAAUUUACUAGAAAUGGCUAAAAACGAACCUCCAGAUGCCCACGGAGAUGUCAUGGAUCGGAUGGCUGCCAAUGCACGAUUCGAACUACCCUACUUACCCCAUCCAGACGAAUGGAGAAUCAAGACUUGUUUCCAAACCACGAUAUGCUCCAAUGCUACUCCACAGAAUAAUACGCGAGCCAAUUGGAGUUUGGGAAAAACCAAAGCCUACUUUGGUUCCAAAAAAGUAAAGAAACCUUCGACGUCCGGGCCAAAUCCCAACGAACUUCUCAAAAAACUCAGAGGGCCUGUCAAAGAGGAAGGUGCCGGAAAGCAGCUGGAAGAACCUAUAAAUCAUCACGAGUCAGCGACCAAUGAGGGAGGUGAGCACCCCAAAGAACCUAAAGAUCACGGAGAUCCUGGCAAUGGCCAAGCUGCCGAAGGCCACCUCAACGAAGCCGUUAAGCCGAAGCAGUCUGAAUCAGGGACACCUAAACACGUUGAGGGCAAUGUCGAAGAUGCCGAAAUUCAUCCGCAAGAACCUAUCAAAAACCAAGAAUCACCUGCUAAUGCGCACGGGGAAGGUACCGAGGCGCACCCCAAAGGAGCUAAGGAACACGAAGAACCUACCAAUGAGGAAGGUGCGGAAGACCCCCUCAAAGAACUUAUUAACCCUCCGGAGUCCAAAUGGCGAACACCUGAAUUUCCACCGAUAUUUUCUAAAGAUCCUGUGGUGGCAGAAUCAUACAUCUUAGGAGGAGAGAUUAAGAGCAUAAAAGAGAAGCACGAAUCCUUGGAUCCAAUCCAAGGAAAUGAACAUUCCUCGGAUCCAAUCAAAGAGAAUGAACAUUCCUCGGAUCCAAUCAAAGAGAAUGAACAUUCCUCAGAUUCAAUCAAGGAGAAUGGCCAUUCUUCAGAUCCAAUCAAAGAGAAUGGCGAAUCCUCGGACCCAAUCAAAGAGAAUGGCCAUUCCUUGGAUCCAAUCGAAGAGAAUGGCCAUUCCUCGGACCCAAUCAAAGAGAAUGGCCAUCCCUCGGAUCCAAUCAAGGACAAUGACCAGCCCUUGAAUAGAAUCAAGAAUGAACUCAUGAGCAGACUGUAUGGUGGCAAUCCAGCUAGUAAAUUUUCAGGCGAUAUGGCUCAAACCUUGAAGGACUAUGUCACAUCUGACGAGCAUCUUUUGAUACUUGAGCGACUUUAUCAGAGGAGAAACGAACUUUUACAUGUGCACGGAAAGAUGCAAGCACUUACCAACCGUGUGGUUUCUGCCUUGGGAGGAGAAGACGCAACUAGCGAUACUUUUAAACAAAUUAUUCAGUAUCACAAAAAAAUCAAUUCUGAGGAGCAUAGAAUUGGAGACCCGGAAAGGAAAGCAGACCCAUCUCUGUAUCGCAAAUAUACCACGACACUUACCUUGGCACAGCUUGAUCCUGCGGCAUACAAGAUGCAUCUGUCACCACUGUUGUACCUAGAAGAAGUGACUCGCCGUUUGGAAAGAGAUUCAAUAGUUGGACUCCAAAAAGCCAGCGGUUACAUUGGCAGUACACCAAGACUGGAAGUGUUGAGGUCGGCAGCGAAAGAGGUAGAAGAAUACGCAAAUCUAUCUCGAGAGGUCGACAUGCUCCAGAAUAAAGCAAUGAAUUUGAGAGAUCACAUCCCAUCUUUUACCAAAGCCCAAUUUCAAGAUGCACGUUACAUAAGAAACAAAUUUAAGGAGUUGUUAACCAUUGACGAAGAGGCGUUAAAUCCUAAAAGAUUUGUUAAUAAAACUCCAGCGGAAAAGAAAAACUAA